GCUCUGCGACAGGAAGCGAGGUCAGAGCCGGCAGCUUUCCCGGGAGUUUGGCGUUUACUGGUCUGCUUCCGCUGAAGAAGUGGUUCUUUCCCUGCAACGUCCCGCUCUAUGCCAAGUCCCACCUGCCCGCCUGCUGGUGAGGCUCUGGAGGAGUCUAGAGGGCUUCGAGGGUCCAGAGAUCCGCGCGAGAGGAAGGUGAGGCCCGGGAACGCAUGGCUCCCAGGGCAGAGUAGGGGACUGGCGGGGGCAACUCUUGGGGUAUAUGUGGCAUCCCUUCAGCUUGGCUUCGUUUAUCUACUGCGGCACCGAGAGCUUUUCACUUCUCGCCUGCGGACCACCUUGGUUUCUGGAAAUUGGGACUUUUCGGCCUCCCUCCCCCAACGUCCCACCUCCUGCCUUUGAAAGAAGACCCCUCAUACGGAAGGCUCGCCCAGGGCUCGCCUGGCUGCUGACUCCCAAUCCCGCGCAGACCCUGAAGUGAUCCGUCAUGACCUCAGUGUGAGCUAGUGACCAACUUGUGACACUUUCCGGAGUCCUAGGUAGGUGUUGUAUCCUGACUUACAGACCCAGAGGUGCUUGCUGCCAUUAUGGGAAAUCAGCUUGCUGGCAUUGCUCCUUCCCAGAUCCUUUCUGUGGAGAGUUAUUUCUCAGACAUCCAUGACUUUGAAUAUGAUAAGAGCCUGGGAAGUACUCGGUUUUUUAAAGUUGCUCGAGCGAAGCACCGAGAAGGCCUGGUGGUUGUGAAGGUCUUUGCAAUUCAGGAUCCCACAUUGCCUUUAACCAGCUAUAAACAAGAGCUGGAGGAACUGAAAAUCAGGCUUCAUUCUGCACAGAACUGUCUACCUUUUCAGAAAGCAGUAGAAAAAGCAUCUGAGAAAGCAGCCAUGCUCUUUAGGCAGUAUGUGCGAGACAACCUCUAUGAUCGCAUCAGUACCCGUCCAUUCUUAAAUAACAUUGAGAAGCGUUGGAUUGCUUUCCAGAUCCUAACAGCGGUGGACCAAGCACACAAAUCUGGAGUCCGUCAUGGGGACAUCAAGACUGAGAAUGUAAUGGUCACCAGUUGGAAUUGGGUCCUUCUAACUGAUUUCGCCAGUUUUAAGCCCACUUAUCUUCCAGAGGACAACCCAGCGGAUUUCAACUAUUUCUUUGACACUUCUAGGAGGAGAACUUGCUAUAUUGCUCCUGAACGUUUUGUCGAUGGUGGAUUGUUUGCUACUGAGUUAGAAUAUAUGAGAGAUCCUUCAACUCCACUUGUAGACUUACACAGUAAUCAGAGAACAAGAGGAGAGUUGAAGAGGGCAAUGGAUAUCUUUUCAGCAGGUUGUGUUAUAGCUGAGCUUUUUACAGAAGGUGUACCACUGUUUGAUCUCUCUCAACUUCUGGCUUAUAGAAAUGGACAGUUUUUCCCGGAACAAGUGCUAAAUAAAAUUGAAGAUCGCAGUAUCAGAGAAUUGGUAACUCAGAUGAUUCAUCGUGAGCCAGAUAAACGUUUAGGGGCAGAAGAUUACCUAAAGCAGCAGCGUGGCAAUGCCUUUCCUGAAAUAUUUUACACAUUCCUUCAGCCCUACAUGGCCCAGUUUGCCAAGGAAACAUUUCUUUCUGCAGAUGAGCGCAUUCUGGUUAUACGGAAGGAUUUGGCCAACAUAAUUCACAAUCUUUGUGGACAUGAUCUGCCAGAAAAAGCAGAAGGAGAGCCUAAGGAAAAUGGGCUGGUUAUCUUGGUGUCUGUUAUAACGUCCUGUCUGCAGACCCUUAAAUACUGUGAUUCCAAACUUGCUGCUUUGGAACUUAUUUUGCAUUUGGCCCCAAGAUUAAGUGUAGAAAUUCUUUUGGAUCGUAUUACUCCAUAUCUUUUGCAUUUCAGCAAUGACUCUGUUCCUAGAGUGAGGGCUGAGGCCUUGAGGACGUUGACCAAAGUUCUUGCUCUUGUCAAAGAGGUUCCUCGCAAUGAUGUCAAUAUCUAUCCGGAAUAUAUUCUGCCAGGCAUAGCCCAUUUAGCCCAAGAUGAUGCUACUAUUGUUAGACUAGCCUAUGCUGAAAACAUAGCUCUGCUGGCUGAAACAGCUUUGAGAUUCCUGGAAUUAGUACAGUUAAAAAAUCUCAAUAUGGAAAAUGACCCAAAUAGUGAAGAAAUAGAUGAAGUUACGCAUCCCAAUGGCAAUUACGACACAGAGCUGCAAGCCUUACAUGAAAUGGUCCAACAGAAAGUUGUCACUUUGCUAAGUGACCCUGAAAAUAUUGUGAAACAAACCUUGAUGGAAAAUGGAAUAACACGGCUGUGCGUAUUCUUUGGACGUCAGAAAGCCAAUGAUGUUUUAUUGUCUCACAUGAUCACUUUCCUAAAUGAUAAGAAUGAUUGGCAUCUUCGUGGAGCUUUUUUUGAUAGUAUAGUUGGUGUUGCUGCGUAUGUUGGUUGGCAGAGCUCCUCAAUUCUCAAACCCCUGCUGCAGCAAGGUCUUAGUGAUGCUGAGGAAUUUGUUAUUGUUAAAGCUCUUAAUGCCCUUACCUGUAUGUGCCAGUUAGGGCUGCUGCAAAAACCCCACGUCUACGAAUUUGCCAGUGAUAUUGCCCCAUUUCUGUGUCAUCCCAAUCUAUGGAUACGCUAUGGUGCUGUAGGAUUUAUCACAGUGGUAGCUCAUCAAAUAAGUACAGCUGAUGUAUACUGCAAACUGAUGCCUUACCUAGACCCAUAUAUUACUCAACCAAUAAUACAGAUUGAAAGGAAACUUGUCCUACUCAGUGUUUUAAAAGAGCCAGUAAGUCGUUCUAUAUUUGAUUAUGCUUUGAGGUCUAAAGAUAUUACUAGCUUGUUCAGACAUCUUCACAUGCGCCAGAAGAAACGAAAUGGUUCUCUUCCUGACUGCCCUCCACCGGAGGAUCCUGCCAUAGCACAACUUCUGAAGAAAUUGCUCUCACAGGGAAUGACAGAGGAAGAGGAAGACAAACUCUUGGCACUGAAAGACUUCAUGAUGAAAUCUAACAAAGCAAAGGCCAAUAUAGUAGACCAGAGCCAUCUCCAUGAUAGUAGUCAGAAAGGUGUAAUUGACUUAGCAGCAUUAGGCAUAACUGGGAGACAAGUUGAUCUUGUUAAAACCAAACAGGAACCUGAUGAUAAGCGAGCUAGAAAACACGUAAAACAAGACUCAAAUGUAAAUGAAGAAUGGAAAAGCAUGUUUGGGUCACUGGAACCACCGAACAUCCCACAGGCCCUACCUAAAGGGAGUGACCAGGAGGUGAUUCAGACCGGGAAACCACCUCGUUCUGAGUCCUCUGCUGGCAUUUCUGUCCCUUUGUCAACUUCUCCACAGCUUCCAGAAGUGACAAAUGUCCAAAAUAGAAAACCAACAAUACAGGUUUUAAGUAGUACAAUUUUACCGUCUACCUACCAGAUUCGGAUCACAACUUGUAAAACGGAACUUCAGCAGCUCAUCCAGCAGAAGCGGGAGCAGUGUAAUGCUGAGAGGAUAGCUAAGCAGAUGAUGGAAAAUGCGGAAUGGGAGAGUAAACCACCACCACCUGGUAAAAUCCCACUGCUAGGGUGGCGUCCCAAAGGGCUACUAGUUGCACAUCUUCAUGAACACAAAUCUGCUGUGAAUCGAAUUAGAGUCUCUGAUGAACAUUCACUUUUUGCAACAUGUUCAAAUGAUGGCACAGUGAAAAUCUGGAACAGUCAAAAGAUGGAAGGGAAGACCACCACUACCAGAUCUACUCUUACAUACAGCCGAAUUGGAGGACGUGUCAAGACACUUACAUUCUGCCAGGGGUCCCACUACUUAGCCAUUGCGUCUGAUAACGGUGCCAUCCAGCUUCUUGCGAUUGAAGCUUCUAAGCUGCCCAAGUCUCCUAAGAUUCAGCCUCUGCAAAGCAGAAUUCUAGACCAGAAGGACGAUGGCUGUGUCGUGGAUAUGCAUCACUUCAACUCCGGGGCACAGUCCGUUCUGGCCUAUGCCACUGUGAAUGGCUCUCUAGUUGGUUGGGACCUCAGGUCUUCAAGCAAUGCAUGGACACUAAAGCAUGAUCUGAAGUCAGGCCUCAUCACUUCCUUUGCUGUGGACAUCCACCAGUGCUGGCUCUGCAUUGGUACAAGCAGUGGUACUAUGGCUUGUUGGGACAUGAGGUUCCAGUUGCCAAUUUCCAGUCACUGUCAUCCUUCCAGGGCUCGAAUCAGACGCCUUUCAAUGCACCCUCUGUAUCAGUCUUGGGUGAUUGCAGCUGUGCAGGGCAACAAUGAAGUAUCCAUGUGGGACAUGGAGACUGGCGACAGAAGAUUCACUCUCUGGGCUAGCAGUGCACCGCCACUCUCUGAGUUACAGGUUGCCACCCCGGGUGCUUCAUUGGGGCAAAAGCCCUCUCCUCACAGUGUCCAUGGUAUCUACUGUAGUCCAGCGGAUGGAAAUCCCAUCCUGCUAACAGCUGGCUCAGACAUGAAAAUAAGGUUUUGGGACCUGGCUUACCCAGAGAGGUCCUAUGUUGUUGCAGGAAGUACUAGUUCUUCAUCUGUGUCCUACUAUAGGAAAAUAAUUGAAGGCACUGAAGUUGUCCAGGAGAUCCAGAAUAAGCAGAAGGUAGGACCGAGUGAUGACACCCCUCGGAGGGGCCCAGAAUCUCUGCCUGUGGGACAUCAUGACAUCAUCACAGAUGUGGCCACCUUCCAGACAACACAGGGCUUCAUUGUAACUGCAUCUAGAGAUGGGAUUGUUAAGGUGUGGAAAUGAAAACCUAGUGGUUUGUAUAAUAUGUAAUAAAGUUAUAUGUAUACUGUAACUUGAGAGCAAAGGUAUUUUUAGAGGACAAAAGUGAAAUUCAUUUCCUUUUCAAAAUUAUGUCUGUAUAUUACCGUUUCAUGAUUAAACAGAUCCCCUCCAGGGUGGUUAAGGAAGUUGCACUCAACUAAUAUACUCAUGCAUAUUUCUGCAGGAAUCGGCCAGACAACAGUAUCUGGGACUUUUUAUUGUAUAGGUCAAAGAGGUGAGGAAUUUAAAUUGCUAAGACAUAUUUUACUUUGUAUUGAAAAAGAUGGUUGUAAGUUAUGACAAUGUAAACACAUUUUUGCUAUUAAAAGUGCUAUUCAAACCAGCCAAUAAACUGUAUUCAGGCAUCUUAA